AUGGAAUUUGCGGCGCCAGGAGUGACCAGGGAGAAUUUAGAUGGAGCAAAGCUGCUGGAGAACCGGACAUCAAAAUUCUCGGGAGCCCCCAGGUCGCCCCUGGAUCGCGAGGCUGUGCUACAUGAGCGCCCCCUCCUGGCGCGGCCGGAGCAACCAGCCCCCGAGGAAAAAUUGCUGGACGGGCAGUACUUAAGUAGGUCAGGCUCUGGCCCCCAGGAAGAAGCCUUUGCCAAAACCAGUGAUCCUGCAGUCCCCAAAGCUUUCAAGUGCAGGAAUUGUGGGCUCGCUGUAGCCAGCCUCUCUGACCUCAUUCACCAUCAAAGCAGCCAUGGGUGUGACCGACCUUACAGCUGUCCAGAGUGUGACAAAAGCUUCCGGCGUGGCUCAGAUCUUGUUAAGCAUUACAGAGUUCACACUGGUGAAAAACCAUACCCCUGCCCAGAGUGUGGCCGUUGCUUCAGCCUCAGCUCUAAUCUCACUAAACACCGGCGUUCUCACUCAGGCCUCCGUCCUCAUAAGUGCAUGGAGUGUGGAGAGGCCUUUGGUCGCAGUGCAGACCUAGCAAAACACCAGCGGGUGCACACUGGGGAAAAGCCUUAUGCUUGUGCUGAGUGUGGUAAGACUUUCAGGGUUAGCUCCAACCUGAUCCAGCACCAGCGUACUCACACUGGGGAGAAACCCUAUCGCUGUGGACUCUGUGGCAAGAGUUUCAGCCUGAGCUCUAACCUUUUACAGCACCAGCGCUGUCACACAGGUGAGAAACCCUACUUCUGUGCUUGGUGUGGAGACAGCUUUGGGCGCAGCUCCUAUCUGCUGGAACACCAACGCUCACACACAGGUGAGAAGCCCUACAAUUGCUGUGAGUGUGGCAAGAACUUCACCAACAGCUCAAACUGCCUACGGCACCAGCGCACUCAUAAUGGAGAACCGCCCUUCAGGUGUCUUGAGUGUGGACGUGGCUUUAGUGAGAUCACCAUGUUUACUGAACACCAGCGCAUCCACUUGAGCAAAUGACCUUUCCAGAAUGUAGCAAAAAUCUUACACCACAGCUCCAUCAAUGUUCACACAUGGGCAAGAAACCCUAGAAGUUUCCUGAUUACAGCUAGUAUUUUGUGGACACCACCAGCAUAUGCACACAGGCAAAGCCUUACAUUUGCAGGAAGUUUGCCAAGAGCUUCAGUCAGAUUUCCCACUUGCUCUUCUACCAGGUGACCCACAUUAGCAAGAAGACCUCCAUCUGCCUGUAAUAUGGCAAGGCCUUUGCCCAUAACUCUUAACUUUGUCUAGCAUCAAUGGAUAUUCUAAGAUGAGAGCUUCUUCAGUUAUCCCUGGCUUUAAUUUUAGUCCAGACUUUGUCUCUGGGUUUGGUUCAGUCCUGAGAAACCUAAAGGGACCGGGUUUUUUGUUUGUUUUUUAAAGCAGACCUUUUCUGCAUCCCUAAGGUGACUUCAUUAAGGUCCUAUUAUUAAAUAAUAGGGCUCACUAAUGGGUCUGGGUUGAGGAGCCACAGGCUAGACAAACAGCACUAGAGCUGUGUCUUCCUUCAGAGAAACAAGGUUUACACACACACACACACACACACACACACAAGUCCUGUUGUCUGAGAUUUCAGUCCGAAUCUCCAUUAGCUAGAGGAAAGCUUUUAGAUGCCCAAAACCACAUAGCUCUGCCCCAGCUGGAUAUAGGUUAACCAUAACAAACCAACAACUACUGGAAGAAGAGAACUGAUUACACACCCGGCAAAGUCUGUGUGAGGACUACAGAGGCAGACCAGAGGAGAUGAUAAAAGGAUAUGUUCUAGCGAAAGGACCAGAGAAUUUGACCUUGGGAUUGUUACAUAAACUCUGGGUAUAGGAUCCCAUUUAAGGAGCUCUUCACCACUUAUUAACUGUCUUUACUGUUUACACUAGGGGGGUGGAGACUGAGGUAGAAACAAAGAAAUAGACGUUGAGUUCAGAUUACUUUAUAGUAUUUCUAGGCAGGGGCAAAGGCUCAAGAUUUGUCAUCUGGUCCUUUUCCAGUCUUCAAUCCCUUCCCUUAAAAAAUCCUCCUUCCCCACUUCACUUCCCUUUCCUUACUCCCAUCAGUGGAAGAAUAGUGAAGACGUCUGGAUUUUGGAGAUUCAGUGUAGCCUUUUUGUCUGAUGUAGAAGAGGUUGCCCACACAAAUGUAUUUCUACUGCUAACAUCAUAUAUGGGAAUCACUAGGUUUCUCAGAGCACUACAUAGUCUUUGAUCUGAGCAGAGCUCGAGCAAUGAGGGACUGCUUGUUUUCCCUAGAGGUGCAUUUGUGUGCACCAGAUGUAUACAAGUGUCUUCUCAACCUUUCCUCUGCCCUCCAAUUGUGCUGCCAUUUAUAAAGCUUGCUGUAGAGCUGUCUGUAUAGAGUAAAAGGGUAAAAGAGGAAGAGUAUCAGGUCACCCAGCCUCAGGUUCUAAGUGACUAGGUUUGUCUCUAGUCGUGUGACUCACUACUUUUUCUGGCUUUCAGUCUCUUCAUCUGAAAUGUGCAGUCUACCUCACCAGGCUGUGAAUAUUCCAUGGAUAUACCUACUUUCAUGAAGUGCCUGGUUAGGGGAAUGGCUUAGUAAGCUUCAGUUCUCAAACCUGGAGUCCUAUUGAUUGUAUCAUUUAGAAAGUAUCAUGGCAACUCAUGGAUCAGCUUCUAAGAUUGCAGAAAUGAACUAGACACUCCUGGAGUAGCCUAUUUUCAAUGGAACAAUAAUAACAGCAAAUAACGCUGGCAGUGGAGACGGGAUGUCACCUGGAGCAAAUCUGAAAGGCAUAGGUGAUACCUAAUGAACACCUCUGGCUCUUCAAACUGUGUAGGGGACACUUCAAGCAGGAGUGAGUAAUUAAAGAAAUUAUUGAUGUGUUCCCAUCAACAGUACUUAAAAAACACAACCCCAGGGUUUGAGUUGAAUAUCUGAGCAUAGCAUAUACAUAGUUGGGACUCAAUAAAUGGUUGUUAUGGUUUGGUUCUGUUUA